UUUAUUUGUUUGCUAUCGCCCACUUGGCUGCUACCUCAUGGCGCUGCCAGCCGAUGUGCUGGCAAAGGUGCUGGCCUUUGUGCCGGCCGACCUGCAAAUGACCUCAUCGCUGAGGGUGGCCAGCAAAUACGCCAAAGAGCGUGUGGACACAAGAUGGUGGACAGCGCAGGUGCAGGACAUGAAAGCCUUUAUGGAUGGACAUGCAUGUUUAUUUGCCGCUGACCCAGUGUCAGUGGAAGGGAAUGAAGACGUCUCCAUCGAAGAGCAGCAAGAAGCAUUUGCUCGGAAUAUUUUGCUCUGGGUAAAGCCACUCCUGGUGAAUCAGCCGUGGAGUUCUGAAGUCCAUGACCAUGAAGUCCAUCAUGAUGAUGAUGAUGAUGAUGAUGAUGAUGCCACAGGUGAGAUCACUCCUCGAGCCGCCCACAUCAAUUUGAGAAGAGCGAUGACAAAUUUGAGCGAGAGAAGGAAUGGAGUGCUCCAAGACAUUCGCCAACAAGCACGUUUCAUUGAGGGCCGUCAUUUGAGGCAGAGGCACACUGCCAGGCAGGCUGCGCAUACGGUUGUUUCGCGGAGUGAUCGCAGGCAGAUGGAGGCCGACAUGGAAGACGAGGCAAGAAGCGAAGAUGCUAGAUCUGGAUCCCUUCCCCACACUGAAAUGACCAGAGACGGGAAUUUCCAGGCAGAAAUGAUGACCAUUUUGAUGCAGCAAGGGAUAUCUGAAGAACAGGCUCAUGCAGUGUGCAGGCAGAUUCAGCAGCGGGGCUUGAUGGACCCCUCAGACCGCUCCGAUGAGACUUCUUGGUCCGGAGAGUCCGAAGCAUCAGAUCUGGUCAACAGGACCUGUGCACCAAGUCCCAUAGGGUUGAAAACAAUCGAAUUAUGUGAAGAGUUUGAAGCAGAUCCGAUAAAACGACUCUUCAGGGCAAGUGACAGUGUAGUAGAUGCAAGUGUGGUAGCUAUACUGCUGCAGGCAGCUGUUGACAAGGAUGCCAAAAACAACGACUAUACGGCACUGCAUGUAGCAGCCCAAGCUGGCCAUCAGAAUUUGAUAAAUGUGCUUCUCCAGGCAGGUGCUGACCAGGAUGCAGUGCCAAGAGAUUUCAAUUUGGCAAGUAGACCAUCUGCUCCACAUUCCAAUAGUAUUUUUGAAAUGGUCACAGCAAUGUCCGCAAGGGGCUAUAUGGCUUGGCAGCAUGCCAUAUAGUAGCUGGCUUUGGCCAGCAGAAUCUGAUAGUUUUGCUGGUGUUUUUGAUAUGGACAAGGAGGUGUUUCGUGUAACAAA